GGACCCCCCGUCUGGGCACGGGCUGGUGCCUGGUUCCGGGCGUUCUGCCGGCACCGCCGGUGUGUGUCAACCCCUCGGGCUCGGGAGGAGCCGUGUCUGUCCCUGUUCUGUCCUCACAGGACGCCAGAGUCCUCAUCCCCAACGUGUGCCGGUGAGGUGUUUUGUAGAGUAGAGUCAUAGGGUCUUUUAGGUUGGAAAAGACCUUUAAGAUCACGGAGUCCAGCUGUUACCCUGACGCGGCCAAGUCCAGCACUGAGCCAUCAUUUCCUAUGGUUUUGUGGUGUGCUCCAUCCAGGGAAUCGGUGCAGAAAAGCCAUGGCUGCCUCUGUUGGGCCAGCGGGGCAAAUCGGGGUUCUGUUAGAGUCAGCCCUCGCAGGGAGAGAUGCUGGAAAAAUCCUCCUAAAUCCCGUCUCUGCUGGAGUUGUUCCAGAAACCCCCUCCAGUGCACGUGUGUAGGUCUGUAGUUUUUCCUGUGUGUGCUAAACGCACGUCCCCCUCGACGAAGGAGCCCGCGCUGAGCGUGAGGUCCCUCGCUGGGAACAUGAGCCGAGGGCGAUAUGAUUUGGCUGGAGUUUGACAUCAAGGAGCCGGAGGGGGAGGGCGCUUGGCUCUCACCCUGCCAGUGCGGGCAGCGGCCGGGCGCGGGGUGUCCGGCUGGAUGAAGCCGCCGAUUCCGGGGGACGUUUCUGCCGGUACCAACAGCAAAGGAAGGAUUCCAUGCUGCCGGGUCGCAGGGUGGUCUCUGCAGAAGCCUGACACGGGCAAGUGUAGCCGAGGGACGUCGUCUUGAGGGCAAGAGGACCUUUCUUGGAGAGCACAUUGGAGAGCCACAUGUCGGCUGAGCGAGCGAUUGAAUAACCGGAGCCUGCCGAGGUCUGCGGAGUGGUGCCAUCUUAUAAAUGGAAAAUGGGAGAGCUCAUACCUUGACAGUCCUGUUCAUCCUCACCUGUGCACUGGGCUACGUGACCUUGCUUGAGGAAACGCCACAAGAUACAGCCUACAACACCAAGAGGGGUAUUGUUGCCAGUAUUCUGGUUUUCUUGUGUUUUGGAGUUACACAAGCUAAAGAUGGACCAUUUUCAAGACCUCAUCCAGCUUACUGGAGGUUCUGGCUGUGUGUCAGCGUCGUCUAUGAGCUCUUCCUCAUCUUCAUACUCUUCCAGACGGUGCAGGACGGCCGGCAGUUCAUGAAGUACAUCGACCCGCACCUGGGCGUCCCUUUGCCAGAACGAGACUAUGGCGGCAACUGCCUCAUUUAUGAUCCCGGCAACAAAACGGAUCCCUUCCACAACAUCUGGGACAAACUGGAUGGAUUUGUUCCUGCUCACUUCUUUGGCUGGUACCUGAAAACUUUGAUGAUUCGAGACUGGUGGAUGUGUAUGAUCAUCAGUGUGAUGUUCGAGUUUCUGGAGUACAGCCUGGAACACCAGCUCCCCAACUUCAGCGAAUGUUGGUGGGAUCACUGGAUAAUGGACGUGAUCCUGUGCAACGGAUUAGGAAUUUACUGUGGGAUGAAGACUCUCUCUUGGCUUUCUUUGAAGACAUACAAGUGGCAAGGGCUUUGGAACAUUCCUACAUACAAAGGUAAAAUGAAGAGAAUUGUCUUCCAGUUCACCCCGUACAGCUGGGUCAAAUUUGAGUGGAAGCCGGCGUCCAGCCUGCGCAGGUGGCUGGCAGUCUGCGGCAUCAUCUUUGUGUUUUUACUGGCAGAGCUGAAUACGUUUUACUUGAAGUUUGUCCUCUGGAUGCCACCAGAACACUACCUGGUCCUGUUACGACUUGUCUUUUUCGUCAACGUGGGCGGUGUGGCCAUGAGGGAGAUCUACGACUUCAUGGACGACCCGAAGUUCCACAAGAAGCUGGGCCAGCAGGCCUGGCUGGUUGCUGCUAUUACUGCCACGGAGUUCCUGAUCGUGGUGAAGUACGAUCCCUACACGCUCACCCUCUCUCUCCCUUUCUACAUCACCCAGUGCUGGAUCCUGGGCAUCAUACUGGUGCUCACCUGGACGGCCUGGCGCUUCUUCAUCCGUGACAUCACGUUGCGGUAUAAGGAGAUCAGGCGACAGAAGCAGGAGCACAAACACGAGAAGGACAAAUGCCUGAGCAAUGGCGACGGACACUCAUCGGUGCUGGAGGAACAAAACGGGAACAAACUGAGGGAGAGGAAGCUCUGAGCAGCAGAGAAAGGGCUAAAAAAGGGACUCGUAGUGCUCAAGGCGGCCUGGUGGACAGUCCAACCUCAUCCUCCCUAACGUGUAAUUGUCGUUGUUAGCUCUCCAGCUGUGGGACUCCUGGGGAAGGAAGAGCUGUCCCCUGGGUGCGCACCCCCUCUCUCCUGGCAGGCCUGGGCAGGGUGGGAGAGAGUCUGUGUGGAGGGAGGCCGGGCCCAGCGCCGGUGCGGCGAGGUGGGACCCCCCUCAGGCCUGUCCUGUGUCUUCCUUCAGAACCAGGUUUGGAGACGAGGGGCUCUGAAACACAGUGCGAAGGGAACCCGGCCGGUGCGUUCCCAGUAGCCUGUGAGAUUUCCAUGGUGACGUUGGGGCAUUAGGAACACUCGCUCUGGAGAGUGCGCAAACCAGACGCAGGAAAUGAAUUUAAUGUGGGUUUCGUUUGUUUUUUUUUUUUUUCUGCUGAAACUACCUUGAGCUGUGGAGUUCAGAUGAAAGUGCUCGGCCACCGCUGAGCAGCACCGCAGCGAGACAGACGUAGGUAACCAGAAGCUUGUGAACAAGUUGCGUACCUUGCACAGCCCGUAGCGCAGCACACUGCUGUCACGGCCCCCGCGCGGGGCUGCCGCCUUCUCCGCUGUCCUGGGGCAGCCUCUACAGCUUUAUCUUGUGUCACAUCUCUAGGGAGACAGACAGCUGCUCCUUACUUCUUCUCUCUUUUUUUUUUUUUUUUUUUGGUUUGUAUUUUUAAAAAUUUUUCUUUUAGUCUUGGUCAUCUCUGAAGGGAAGGUGGGAUAGGGAAGGUCAGCCUGCCUCUCCCUCGCUCCCUGGAGUAAAUGCAUUGCAAGUGGAAGGCUGGGAGUUACUCCAUCAGUCUUAAGUUAUUUGCCUUAUUCUCAGCUCUUUUAGUUCUCUUACCCAGAACGUUUCGUUCUGGGUGGCUGUCCCUGGGGACCCAUCCAGCUCAGCCACAUCCCUCCCAAGGCAGCUCCUGGCCAAGCAACCUCCCAAAUCGGGCUGGAAAAGGUGUUUUCUGUGGCCACGCACAAAAUAGCUGUUAGAGCCCUGCCCAGAGAGCAGAGGGAGGCAGAGCCCUGGUUGUCCCCGGCGCGGUGCGGCAGCGGGGGCUGCCCGCCAGCCCAGACAGCGCUUCUACUGCCGACUCAGCAUCUAGGGGGAGAAAUUGGAAACCUGGGCUGUGUUUUAUAUUUUCCAGGUCAUUAUUCCCAACUGUACGUGCUGCACUGAGCAUCCACUGUGGAACCUCUGCUCUGAGCCUUUGCUCUGGCGUCCGAGGCGCUGAUGGAGCCGUAACCAUAUCACUUCUUAAAUACUCUGAUCUAGCCAGGGUGUUUUUCAGGGAAGUGUUUAUCCAGAAGAAAUUGACAUAAAUACCACCAGUAAAACCUCACCGGUGCAACCCCAGAGUCUCUGAGUGGCAGGAGACCUGCAGAGCUGCUGGCGAGCAGACACCCGCGUUUCCCAUCCCCUUUGGUCUUGUAGGUGAAUGACAACCACAAUCUGCAUUUCUCCUGUGUUCACAGUGACCCAAAUUCGUUCCACCCCUGAGGAAGGGGCACGUAGCAGCAGGGCAGUCUUAAUGGGUUAAUUAAUGGAGCAGUUUGGUUGCACAUGGAGAGCUCAGCGAAGGCAGGGGAGUUCAUGGGCCAGGGCUGCCCCGUCCCUUGGCAGGAGGGGGGUGUCCGGUGUGAGAGGUGACACCAGGCUGGACGGUCUCCCCGUGCUGCUCUUGCAGGGUGGUGUCUGCUGCUGGGGGCAGCGGGGGGCCCAGGGCUGUGAGGGGUUUGGCAGUGGGCAGAGGGCCCAGCUGAGCAGGUAUUUAUCUCUACGCCUUUCCACCCGGAGUCCUUCUCGUUCCCCCUUCAGGCCAGUGGCAGGAGCUGUAGCUGUCAGGUAGCUCGUCCCGGUGUGUCGUGUCGUGUCGUCCCUGUUGGCUGGGCUCAGGUCCCCCCCUCCCCAUCCUGUCUGUGGAUUAACACUGUGCCCCCCGCCCUGACCCCUUGGCGGUGCAUCCUCCGGGGCUGCCCCAUGGCUGGGGGGCAGCAGGCACCCCCGAGGCAGGUCAGCUCUGUCCUCCCGCUCCCCCUCCCUGCCAGAGACCCCCCUGGGGACCUUAGAAACAACUGGGGAGGAGCCCCCAUCCCCUGGUGACGAUCCUGGAGCUUGGACCUCACACAUCAACCCCUGACCUGUUUGUCUGCAUCCGUCUCCGUGGCGUUUGGUUUGUGGGGGGGCCGGCCCGGUGUAAUAAAGCGGUGUUUGUUUGCUGGUGUGCUCUUUGGUA